ACUGCACGAGGAUGUUUGUUUUCACAAGUCUGCUUAUCUUAUUGCCAAUAGUGGCUUUCUGUGGUACCGGUUCUGUGUGGGAAUAUUCCGGAAUCCAUGGUCCCUCCCACUGGCACGAAGAGUAUCCCGACUGUUCUGGAGUGAUGCAAUCACCUGUUGCCAUUGAAUCGAAAAAAGCAACAUAUGACGUCAGCCUGCUGCAGUUUGGAUUUAAGGGAUUUUCUGAACGAGUGCAUGCAAAUAUGACGAUGAAAAACAAUGGACACACUGUUCAAGUGGACAUUGUGGAUACGUCAUUGAGAACACACGGAGGUGGAGUGACUGGUGGAUACAAGCCUGUACAGUUUCAUUUCCAUUGGGGAGCAGACAAUUCCAAAGGCUCUGAACAUGUUAUUGACAACCACCAUUAUCCGAUGGAGAUGCAUAUAGUCCAUUAUUCUGAUAGGUUCCAGAAGAUCGAAGAUGCUAUUGAUAAACCAGAUGGUCUUUUGGUCUUGGGAUUUUUCUUUGAGAUUGGGCCACAUAACAUACACUUUGCAGAAGUAUUUAACUAUCUGGAAAACGUUGCACACAAAGAUGACACUGCAGCAAUCCCACCAGUAGUGAUGGAGCGACUGGUACCAAUAGACUUAAUGCAUUAUUAUCGAUACAGAGGAAGUCUCACUACGCCUCCAUGUUACGAGAGUGUUGUUUGGACUGUUUUUACGCAACCAAUAACAAUUUCUAAUGAUCAGAUGAAUGAUUUUAGAAAUAAAAUCAAGAAGACAAAGGUAAACGAUACUCACGAAGAAGACCUGGUUGAUGAUUUUAGGCCCCUUCAACAGCUGAAUGGAAGAAACGUGUAUUCAAGUUUUCCUACUCAGAAUCCUUCAACUCCAUCUCCACAAGCAGUUCCACCUAUUGACGUUAUCUGUAAACACUCACAUGACGACACAAACAAUGCAAUCAGCACAAAUUUAUCUCUAUUUUUAAUUUUUAUAGGAAUAUUGACCAGUGGUUUUACAUGUGGUCACUAGAUAUGAAAUUUAUAUAAAACAAAAUUUUAUACACUGAAAUCCAGAAAAUAUUUACAUGA